CUUCCAAAAAUGCGAGUAAAAGAUUCGGAUUCGUUUUGAAGAGUUGUGUCAGUUUCCUAAUCUGCUGAUUUCAUUUCAUAGAAAGAUCGAUUUAUCCUCUUUUAAUUACCUGUUUUUGUUCCUUUCCACCCGUGGCAUCCUAUAAUCAACUAAGCACCUUCUCUCUCUUUUUAUCUCUCUCUGUUCUUCUCUUUUUUCGAGUCUGAAUACUUCGAUUGCAAGUUAGAUACCUCUUCACUCUCUCUCCACUCACUCUGCAGAACCUUUCACUCGCUCUCUAGUCUUGUCUUGUACUCUAAUGGCGGAAAAUGUUAAGAUAGAAAGCCAGAAGAAGAGGAAGCAUCAACGAAUUGAGGGUACUGGAGAAGUUGGGGAGGAGUGGGAGGAACUGAUGUCUGGAGACGAUAGAGAUGAUGGGGAAGGAGAAAGGGUUGUGCCCAGUUGGGAUGAGGGAAAUAAGAAGAAUAGGAAGAGAUAUGGGGAAGAAGAGGAAGAGAGGUCUGACCUUCGUCAGGACCCUCUUGUUGUUUUUGGCUCAGAUAUCAUGUUGAUGAUAUUGAGUCGUCUUGAUGCACGCAGCGUGGCACUUUCACUCCUUGUCUCUCAGGGAUGGCAUGGAGUUGCUUCUAGCGAUAGGCUUUGGAGCAGUAAGGUGUUGAAGGAAUUGUGGCUUGGGAAAGCACACAUACCUCGUUCAUCGCUAGUCCGAGGAAUAUCAAAGUUGGCUGCUUAUUCGUUGUCUGUCUUGGACGCCAAACGAACCCGCAUUAUGAAGGAUGAUCUCUGUGAUCAUGUAUGGGAAUUUCGUUUUACCAAGGCAGCUCCAGAAUAUUGGAGGAAUCUGGAUCCUUCUUGGAAAGGCACAGGCCCUUCUAUGCGUCGCUACUUCCACCCAGAUGGAACCCUAACUGCAGAUUCUGGUGACCAGGUCUGGGGUGGUCACGAGUGUACUUAUUCAAUAGUCACCAGCUUUGUAGAAGAGGGAAGGAUCAGGGAACACUAUGUGAGGAUAAAUAGAUGGCCCCAAAUGUCUGUGUCAAGGAAGCAGGACUGGAGCUGGGAGCUGGGCAACCACUUGUACUGUUACUCGAGCAUCCCCGAUGCUGAUAAGGAGGGUGGUACUGGACCCUUUUUUCCAGUGUGGUAAGUAGAUAGCAAGGAAACUAUCAAUAUCCUUCAUCUCUGUCAGAGUUUUAGCUUAAAGUAGAUAUGGUUUUGCAUUUAAUGCUGAAAAUGUAACUGACUUCUUGUGAAUUAUGUAAGCGCUGUGCAUAUAAUAUAAUGGUGUGGAGAAAGAAUUAUGUAGUGUCAA